ACACUCUCCCAUCCCACACCUCAACCCUCUGCCCUGAGCCACUCCUCAUAUCUCCAACCCUGACUACUACAUCUUCCCACAACCCCAGCCCUGACUCUUGCACCUGUCACAUCCUCCCUGCUCUGAGUCCCUCACACUCUCUGCUCUGAUUCCUGCACCCUACACCCUCCAAUCUUGACUCCUUCCCUAAGCCCCUCCUCAUACCCUCCAACUUUGACUCCUACACCCCCAGGCCUCUGCCCUGAGCUUCUCCUCUUCCCCCAAGUUCUUGCCCUUACUUCUGGUACACCCCCAUUCUCCAUCUGCACUGACCCCCUCCACACUUAUAUUUGUUGCAGGUAUUGUCAUAUCGCACCCCAUCUCUCUGCCUUGAGGGGCCUCCACCUGAAAAGGGAAUGCAGCAUGACAGUACCUGCAAGAAACUUAAGUUCCUUUUACCUCUGCUUUCAGGAUAUGCUAUACGUACAUGGAUAAGGCUUGUUUACAGUCUCGAGGGUCUCUUGUGCAGCUAGAUUUGUAGUGGCCAACAGUGGGUUUCUUAAAUAUAAAUCAAAGCUUUAUUUUCCCAAGAGGAUGAUGCCGUCAUCAUAUUGUCCCUGUUGUGGCAAAGAAGAUUGAGAGGCUGUAAUAUCUGCUUCUUCACACAGCUCAAGGUCUGUAAUGAAAAUGAAUGUCAUUAAAAGGCUAUCUGCAUCAUAUCUGAGGAAAAGUAAGAUGAUGCCAAAGGAAAAGAGAUGCCAAAGUAGCAGACGACCAAUUGCUCCACUUGGGUCACGGAUUUUAACUGAUCCUACUAAAGUUUUUGAACAUAACAUGUGGGACCACAUGCAGUGGACCCAAGAAGAAGAAGAAAGGGCCAGGGAAAAAGCUACAGAGAACUCGUUUGUGCGAGUUGACCCAGAAGAUCAAGACAAAUAUGAAAGAGAAGCUAGUAAAUACUGGAAUGAAUUUUACAAGAUUCAUAAGAAUAAUUUUUUCAGGGAUCGUAAUUGGUUGUUUCUGGAGUUUCCCGAAAUUCUUCCAAAAGGAAGAAAAGAUCAGAUGAAUACAGAGGAAAAAUUUUGGGACCAUGCAAAACUGAAUGCUACAAACAAUUGCACAAAUAUGAGCUUUCCUAGAAUGUUUGAAGUUGGCAAAGACUAUUGCCAGAAUAAUUUGGUGGAUGAUUUAACUUCUAUACAAGGACUUGCAUACAACAAAAACCAAGCAGAACCUGUUGCUGACAACAAACACAUUAAGAAUUGUGAACAAGAACCUGUGAAGCAAGAAUCCUUUCCUGGCAGUGGUGCUACUUACAGAAUACUAGAGGUUGGUUGUGGUGCUGGAAACAGUGCUUUUCCUAUUUUGAAAGUUAUGUGCAAUACUCCUGGGGCCUUUCUGUACUGCUGUGAUUUUGCGUCAGAAGCAGUGGAGCUAGUAAAGUCACACUUGUCCUAUAAUUCAGCCUGGUGUUCUGCCUUUGUUCAUGAUGUGUGUGAUGAUGCCUUACCCUACCCUUUUCCAGAUGAGAUUCUGGAUGUCAUUCUCCUUGUCUUUGUGCUCUCUGCCAUUCAUCCUGACAGGAUGCAAACAGUUGUAAAUAGAUUGGCCAAAUUAUUGAAACCUGGAGGAAUGUUGUUAUUUCGAGACUAUGGAAGGUAUGAUACAUCGCAGCUUCGUUUCAAAAAAGGUCACUGUUUGUCAGAGAAUUUUUAUGUACGAGGAGACGGAACCAGAGUUUAUUUCUUUACAGAAGAUGAGGUCCACAACAUGUUUACCCAGGCUGGGUUAAUUGAAGUGCAGAAUCUAGUUGAUCGAAGAUUACAAGUCAACAGGAAGAAAAAAGUGAAAAUGCAGCGAGUUUGGAUACAAAGCAAGUUCCAAAAACCAUUUCAACAACCUCAAAAUAGCCACCAAUAGGCAAAUUAAUAGCUAAAUAUAUAGUAUUCCCAGAGACCAAAAGAAGUACAUGCACCUAUAUUUCCUGUGAUAACUGCUGAAAAGUCGGGGAAAUGUUGAAUCAAAAGCAUUUUCUUACUGUUUUAUUAAAUGUAUUUUUUUGGUAAGAAGUGAUGUGGAAAAAUGUCUCCUAUCCUUGCUUGUAUAAAUAAUAAAAAUGGCUGUGCUCUAACCUAUUCACAUCUCAGUG